AUGCAGAGAUUACUGCAUCAUUCAAUGACAUCCUUCACCUAUUCAGGGAUAUAUAGCAACAGUAUUCCCAUUGAUGUCCAGAAUUUGAUCAUUGAUGAGUCCGCGGACUAUUUGCCGGAUGAGGUUUGUCGACGGCGUCAAGAGUUGCAGCAAAUCUUGUUCCCAUCUCAUUUUCUCCAAAUUGGAGAUCGGGCCUUUGAUCUUUGUGUCGCACUGACGCAAGUGUCGUUUCCAAAUGGUUUGAUAUCAAUUGGUGAACAUGCGUUUCAUCAGUGCUCCUCGCUGGUGGACGUCUCCCUUCCAGACGGACUUCAGAAGAUUGGUAUUAGGUCCUUCUCCCAGUGUUCUGCCCUGAAACGAAUCAAGGUACCCUCCACUGUGGAGAUAAUCGAGAACUCGGCUUUCUCCUUGUGUCACACAUUGGCUGAGGUAAUAUUUUUGGAGGGCUUGAUCAAAAUUGGAGAGUAUGCAUUCUUCGAGUGUUACUGCAUCCGUGAAAUCAAGUUUCCAUCGACUGUUGAAACGAUUGAAUCCUCGGCCUUCUCAAGAUGCAAGGCAUUGGUCGAUAUUGAUCUCCCCAUAAGAUUGAAACAAUUCACCUAUGCGUUCUCGGACUGCUCCUCGCUUGGAGAGAUUGAUAUUCCUUCUAGCGUCGAGACAAUUGGAAAUGGUGUGUUCACAGGGUGUACUUCUUUGACUGAUAUCAGGCUUCGAGAAGGAUUGAAACGAAUUGGAGCUGCUUCCUUUUCGCAGGCAACUGCUAUCGUUAAAAUGAAGCUCCCGUCCACUGUAACGAUGAUUUGGGAUGGUGCGUUCUCGGGAUGCGCUUCCUUAUCAGAAGUGGAUCUUCCAGAGGGUUUGGUCAAAAUCGGAGCCCAUGCUUUGAUGGACUGUGUGGCAUUAUCACGAAUCCGAGUCCCUUCGACUACCAAGAUUAUUGAUGACUUUGCCUUUUCUGGAUGUAUGGAUCUUGUGUCAGUGGAAUUUCCACAAAUACGGAAGCAGGCUCUGAGGAUUGGCGACUCCGCCUUUCGCAACUGCCGAUCGUUGAUCAAUGUUGCGAUCUCAUCGCACAUGAAACUUCAAUGUGAAAGUGAAAGUGUCGACUUUGGCGCAAAUGCCUGGCGAGGAUGUACUUGGAUGAAUUCCCCAUAUGGGGAUUUAUAUACUCCACGUGCCUUGGAGGAACGAUUUAAGAAGCUCCCAAUUCACCAGAAAUGCUAUCACUCUUGCGAUACGACUGUUGACGACUUGCGAUUGAAAGUCCAAGCCACCUUAUCAGAGGACGGUGACAACCCAGUCGAAUGGAAGCAUUCAGUAGACUCCUUCGGGAUGACACCAUUCCAUGUGCUGCUGUCAGCUGCCUCAUGUCGAAUGGACCUUCUGCAGCUCCUUUUACAGACUUACCCGUCCUCUAUUCUGAAUUGGAGGGAUGUCUUGGGCAAGCGUGCCAUUGACCACUUGAGCUACAUCUGGACCGAAGAGACCAGGUUGAUGAUGAAGGCAUACCUCCAAAAGUGGCUGUUAGACCAAAUGGCUGGCUGGGGUGCGGACCAAUGGCGGUCCGACAUGGCCGACAGGAUCAGUGACAUCAGUUCUGAAGAGAAUAAGAAAAGACGAGAUACCUGCUUAAGAGAUGCACACUUCACUCUGCACCGGUACGAAAGAGCGGAAAUAAAAGCGCUGUUGGAGCUCGCUCUUUGGAAGAAUGAUAUGGUAUCUUCUGCCGUUAGGGCUCCUGUCGCAUCUGCUGUUGCGGAUCGAGAAGGUCACAAGGCAAGAUGUGGGGCAUCGUUUGUUGUUCCGAAUGUGAUUGAUUUUUUGAAACCUAUUUUUUCAGAAUAA